ACAUUACCCCAAGACGUCGUUCACCAUCGUGGCCGACACACCAGAGAACCUGAGACUGAGACAGCAGAGCGAGCUGCAGAGCCAGGUGAAGUAUAAGAAGGAUUUUGAAGAGAGUAAAGGUCGAGGGUUCAGCAUCGUGUCCGACACUCCAGAGAUGCAAAGACUCAGAAGGACUCAGGAGCAGAUCAGUAUUGUAUGUACACACACACACACACACUAUCUCACUGGUUUUCCUGAUAUAAGUGAAUGUGUGUUUCGUAAAGUGAAGCGUGCAGGUGAAAUGUAUGAGGAAAAAGUGAGGGGUGCACUUUGGUCAGUGAACGCAAUCACACACACACACACAUGCGCAAACACAAACUGCCUACAUCAUCGAGCCCUCCAGCGUUGACGACAUCAGCUGUUUGAAGAGGAGCUUCUUCUGAAACCAGUGAGGUGUGUGUGUGUGCGUACAGAUGCUCGGCCCAUGUGUGUCCAGAUGACCCAGUGACCCUCAGCAGAUGAUGCCAAGAGGUGAAUCACAUGGAUGAAGAGGCCCCAGCUGCUCCGGUGUUUGUUGAAGAGAUGAAAGAGGUUAUGACAGUGGAGGGAGAGGAGGAAGAGGUGGUAACAACGCUGAAGAUGCUGACCACGGUUGUUGACACGGUGAAGCAGACGGACGUGGGGGAGGAGGAGGAGGUUGACACUGAGAAAAUAACAGAGGAGGACAAGGAGGAAAAUCAAGCAGAGAUGGAGGGAGGAGACGAGAAUAAAGAGGAAGAGGAGGGUCGAGCAAAGAAGUUGUUGGGAACUUGGGAAUCCGAGGCCUCCUCUGAUGUCAAGCCUCCAGUACCAGACCCAGCCUUUAACAGGAGAUGCAGCUUACUCGCCAGUGAUGUGAAGUAUAAGGAAGACUUUGAGAAGAUGAGGGGGCAAAGUCUGUUUGUUCCCGGAGCUGAACUCAUCCACGCCAAGAACAUCAGCGCUGUGAUAUCUGAGUCAAAGUACAAAGAGGAGGGAAAGAAGGAAGCGUCGAUGUCUCUGUACUCCAUCCUGCCACAGACUCCUGAGACGCAACACGCCAGAGAGGCUUCAGAGCUGCAAAGUGAGAUUAAAUACAAAGGAAAUGUGAAGAGCUCCUCCUCUCUUUAUUCUCUGCUGCCAGAAACCACAGAGACCCAGUUUGUCAAAGAGCUGACUGAGAUACUGAGUGAGAACAAGUACAAGGAGGAAGGAAAGAAGGAGAUGAGCAGCAGUUUGUACUCUCAGCUUCCCGAAACAAGUGAGACACAGCUGGCCAAGGCCGUCCACGAGUUUCAGAGCGAGAAAAAAUACAAAGAAGAAGGGAAGAGAAAAGCCUCCAUCUCCCUCUACUCCCAACUCGCCGACACUCCAGAGAUACAACACGCUCUGGAGGUGUCACAGCUGCAGAGUGAGGUGAAGUAUAAAGAAGGUCUGAAGCAGAAGAUUCAGAGCAGUUUGUACCAUCAGCUCCCAGAGACCACAGAGACACAGCUGGCCAAACAGCUGUCUGAACUGCAGAGCCAGGCAAAAUAUAAAGAAGCCGGAAAGAAAGAAGUGAAUAGCUGCCUGUACUCUCUUCUGCCUGAAACUCUGGAGACACAACACGCUAAAGAGUCCACAGAGCUGCUCAGUGAGAUUAAGUACAAGGAGAGCGGGAGGAAGGAGAUGUCCAGCUCCCUCUACUCCACUCUGCCUGAUACUUCGGAAACCAGCUUCGCCAGAGAGAUGACUGACAUGCUGAGCGAGACUAAGUACAAGGAGAAUGGGAUAAAGAGCCUUUCACAGAGUGUCUACAGUCAGCUGCCUGAGACCACUGAGACUCAGUUCGCUAAAACAGUUUCUGAGCUGCAGAGCGAGAUGUUGUACAAAAAGGGAAAGAAAGAAGUGUCCAGCUCUCUGUAUUCGACUCUGCCUGAGACUCUGGAGACGCUGCACGCCAAGGAGGCUUCUGAACUGCAGAGUGAGGUAGAAACACACCUCUACCUGCGGCACAUCUGCUGA